AGCGGUAUGUCCGCGGAUGAGACGUUGGAGGCCCCCAUGUACGUGUAUGAGUCGACGGUUCACUGUACCAAUAUCCUCCUGUGCCUGAACGACCAGCGCAAACAGGACAUCCUCUGCGAUGUGACCGUCCUGGUGGAGGGCAAAGAGUUUCGUGGCCACCGUGCCGUGCUGGCCGCAUGCAGCGAGUACUUCCUACAGGCGCUUGUCGGCCCUGCCGAAAAUGAACUGGUGGUCAGUCUACCUGAGGAGGUCACUGCCCGGGGAUUCGCCCCAUUGUUGCAGUUUGCCUACACGGCUAAGCUGCUGCUCAGCAGAGAAAACAUCCAGGAGGUCAUCCGCUGCGCCGAAUUCCUGCGCAUGCACAACCUGGAGGACUCCUGCUUCCGUUUCCUGCAGGCACAGCUACGCAGCGAGGAGGAUGGCCUGUUGCUUUGUCGCAAGAUGGCCACGGAGGGAAACCACUCUGAGGACGAGAGCAUGCAGUCGGAAACAGCCAGAGUCACCUCCCCCCGAGCCAGGCGACGCUCCGACACUCUUGGCUCCCUUCGGAGACCGGACGAGGAUCGGCUAGCGGUGUCCGUCCCAAACGAUUUUGAGGACGGGCGUCUGGACUUCGAGCGCCACGGCGCCUCAGACCUCCCACGUUGCCCAAAGUACAGGAAGUACCAGUGGGCCUGCAACAAGCACAAUAAUGACACCUCCUCAUACAGCAGUACCUCAGGGUUUCCAAGCACAUUCAAGGAGACUGAUAGGCCAAUGGUGACCCAGAUCAAGCAGGAACCACGUGGAGAUGAUGAGACUGUCUCGCUGUGUUUGUCUGGAGAUGAGCAGGAUGGCAGGAGCAAGGACAGAGUCACAGAAAUGGAACUGGACGGACGCGAACACAGUCCCAUGGCGGUCGAUGGGGCGCGACCUAAGAGCAGCAAGUCACCGACCUGUUUGCGCGUGCUCUUCAAGAAGGGCAUGGACCUGCCCAACACUUCACAGCAGCUACUCACCAACAGACUUGUUUGUGGCCAAGAAAAAGCAACCACUCAGGGAGACCACAAAAAAGACUACAGGCCUCUGACCGGUGAGCACGGCCUGCCUGUCGCCUUCCCAAAAGAUGGGGACGGUUUCCAGGAGGGGCUCUCUUUGAAGUCUCCGUCCUGUGACGGGGUCUGCAAGCAGGAGGCGGAACUGGACCGCCGUAGUGUCAUCUUUUCCUCAGGGGCCUGCGAUCGUCUGGGAACACCGGCGCAUUCCUACCCGGGCGGAAAUUCACUGGAAAAGGACUUAUCGGAGCACACACCAAAGGGCCUGUGGGCUGGAGCCAGCCAAUCACUGCCCAGCUCCCAGACCUACUCACCCAGCGCUGCCUCGGCUGCCGAACCGCCACUCCUGUGCCGCUCACGGCCCAACACCAGCUGCCCAGUGCCAAUCAAGGUUUGCCCGCGUUCGCCACCCUCUGAAACCCGUACCCGCACCUCCAGUUCCUGCUCGUCCUACUCCUACGCAGAGGAUGGUAGCGGGGGUUCCCCCUGCAGCCUACCGCAGUUUGAAUUCUCCUCCUCGCCGUGUUCCAAUGUCACACGUUGCCUCACGGCCGAUCCGCAGGAACCCAGUGGAGGGACCGACGCCCUCUUCAGCCAGGUCCGACCCAAGAUCAAGUGUGAGCAGUCAUACGGAACCAACUCGAGUGACGAGUCAGGAUCCUUCUCAGAAGGAGACAGCGAGUCGUGCCAUGUGCAGGAUAAAGGGCCCCAGGUGAAGCUUCCUUUUCCUGUUGAUCAAAUCACAAAUCUUCCACGGAAUGACUUCCAGAUGAUGGUAAAAAUGCACAAACUGACCUCAGAACAGCUGGAAUUCAUCCACGAUGUCCGUCGCCGCAGCAAAAACCGAAUCGCUGCCCAACGCUGCCGUAAAAGAAAACUGGACUGUAUCCUGAACCUGGAGUGUGAAAUCCGCAAACUGGUAUCUGAAAAGGAGAAGCUCUUGACUGAGAGAAACCAGCUAAAGGCCUGUAUGGGGGAACUCUGGGAGAAUUUCUCCUGCCUGUCUCAAGAGGUGUGUCGGGAUGUUCAGUUAAGUCCAGAGCAGGUCCAGUCUCUACACCACUACUCCCCAGUACUGCGUCCUGCCAACCCCACUGCCAGCAACACCACCCCCCCUGCCCCCACCAGCAUCGACCUCACCUCUCGCUCCGGGUCUGCCACUCCUGAACCGGGCUUCCUCAAAUCCCCGGGGCCCUCGGACAGGCCGCCGGGCUCGGCGCCGUGGAACACCGGAAACGGAGCGGAGGCCGGCGGGAACGACGAAGGGGAGGGACAGGAGUCCAGCUCCGCCUAUCUGGAGGCGGGGCUCUCCCCGGAACAGUGCAACCAGACGGUGACAAUGGAUUUCUGCCAGGAAAUGACAGAUAAAUGCACGACGGACGAACAGCCGAGAAAAGACAACAGUACUUAG